CCAGCGGCUCGCCACCACCGGUGCGCAAGCAGAUACGCGUCAACGAUUCCAACUCGCCUCUAACCUCCCAAGCCACAUCGAGUCAGUCCUUCAAUUCACGUGACUCAUGGGGUAUCGACAACGAGGAGAACGAUAUCAUUGAUCUCAGUCAAGAUGUAGAUGAAGGCUUUGGAUGGACUUGCGUUGGUGCUAUUGAUGGGAAGAUAGUUGGCGUCCGAUAUUACGAUGGCUACGCGACUCCUGGAGAGCAAGUCAUGGUCAAGAGAGAGCCAGGGAACCCCUACGAUUCGAAUGCUAUCAGAAUCAAUAACGUUCAGGGCACUCAGAUUGGCCAUCUUCCUCGCCAGUUAGCGGCCAAGCUGGCACCCUACCUCGUUAGUCGUAUCAUCUCGCCCCUGACGGAUACCGACUAACAGUUGUCGAAGGAUUCUAGAAUGCUUGUCAUUGAAGGUGUUCUCGCGGGCGAGAAAGGUCCCUUCGACUGCCCAAUUCUUCUCAAAGUUUUUGGCCCCUCUGAGCCUGUUGCUCGAGCUCAGCUUGAAGCUCGGAUGAAAGCGGACAGGUUGCCUCUCAAGAAACAGGGUUAUGCAACACCCAAAAAGCCAACCAAGCCGAUUCAGCCUUCCUCGAGAAAGAAGUUGGGCUUCCAGAGCUCGCAACCAUCAGGCAGUCAGACAAGCAGUCAGGCAGAACCGGAGCCUAUGCCGGAAUUGUCUAUCCAAGACUUCGUCCAGAAUAGUGAACGCUUCAGACCCCGCGAUGUGCAGGAGAUUGUCGAGGCAUGGGGGGUUGGUGAAGAGGCCUUGUCCAAAAUGCCAAUGGCCGAUCAGCCUGAGGGUUUAGUCUCGACGCUUCUUCCUUAUCAGCGUCAAGGUUUGAAAUGGAUGUUGGAGAAGGAGAACCCAACUCUCCCAGCCGUAGGAUCCAAGGACGUCGUUCAACUCUGGAAAAGAUCUGCCCAGCGACAAAAUGUAUUCCAGAAUGUCGCUACCAACUUCAGCACCUCGACUCCACCGAAGCUGGCUAGAGGAGGCAUACUUGCUGAUGAUAUGGGACUCGGCAAGACUCUUCAAGUCAUCAGUGUCAUCCUGCAAGGUGGCCCGGGAACGACUUUGAUUAUGGCUCCUGUCAGUGUAAUGUCUAACUGGGCUCAACAGAUCGAGAGACACGUCAAGAAAGAAAAUGCUUUGAAGGUCUUGACAUAUCAUGGCAGCAACCGGAAGAGGAUGACUCACGAACAAUUCUCUGAAUAUGAUGUCGUGAUCACGACAUACGGUACGUUAAGCACCGAAUAUUUACCACGAGGUACCGCAACUGCUGCGAAGGUCCCCAGGAAAGAUGGUCUUUUCUCCAUGAAUUGGGCUAGAAUCGUUCUCGACGAAGGGCACACCAUCCGCAACGCUUCUACGAAAUCAGCUGUGGCAGCGUGUAAUCUCCUGGCUACAUCACGAUGGGUACUUACAGGCACUCCAAUCGUCAACACGAUCAAAGAUUUAUAUUCAAUGGUCAAGUUUCUGGGGAUAAGUGGUGGUCUCGAACGAGCCGAACUCUUCAAUGCCGUUCUUACGAGACCCCUGGCACUAGGCGACCAGAAUGCCGAGCUUCUGCUGCAAUCAAUCAUGCGCACUUUCUGCUUGAGGCGAAAGAAGGACAUGAGCUUUGUCGACUUGAAAUUGCCAGAGCUAUCUGAGUUUGUGCACAGAAUUCCAUUCCGCAAGGAUGAGCGGGAGAAAUAUGAUGCUUUAACAUCCGAAGCAAAGGGCAUGGUCAAGGACAUUCAGGCAGGAGAAGGUGCGAAGGGCCUUGCUGGUUAUCGACACCUCCUCGAGGUUCUUCUUCGACUCCGACAAGUGUGCUGCCACUGGAAGCUCACUGGCUCCCGUGUCACAGAUCUUCUCGCCAUUUUGGAGAAGGACGAGGUCGUCGCCCUUAACAAGGAGAAUAUAGCAGCCCUCCAAGUUCUUCUCCAGCUCAGCAUUGACAGUCGUGAUGAAUGCUCCAUCUGUCUCGAGGAACUACAUAAUCCGGUCAUAACGGCCUGUAAACAUGUCUUCGGCAGAGAAUGCAUUGAACGGACCAUUGAACUGCAACACAAAUGUCCCAUGUGUCGCGCGGAGCUCAUUGAUAAGGACUGCCUCGUUCAUCCAGCAGUUGAGGAGAAAGCCACCGUAGAUGAAGAGAUCGACGUGGAGACCAAAAGCAGCAAAACCGAGGCUUUGAUGAGUAUCCUGAAAGCUAGCCGUCGCGACCCGAAAUCCAAAGUUGUGAUCUUUUCUCAAUGGACGAGCUUCCUCGAUAUUAUCCAGCGUCAACUUGCUGAGGCGGAUAUGAAGUAUGCUCGGAUCGAUGGAACGAUGCCAGCUCAUGUUCGAGAUGCGAAUAUGAACGCGCUGGAAUCAGAUCCAGAAACGAGAAUUCUCCUUGCCAGUUUGUCGGUGGCCAGUGUUGGCCUAAACCUCGUUGCAGCGGACACUGUCAUCCUAGCCGAUUCCUGGUGGGCGCCGGCGAUCGAAGACCAAGCUGUCGAUCGAGUGCAUCGACUUGGUCAGACUAGGCCGUGUACAGUAUGGAGACUCGUCAUGGAAGAUAGUAUUGAGGAGCGAGUGCUCGAGAUCCAAGCUGAGAAGAGGAAGUUGGUGGGCAAGGCGUUCCAGGAAAAGGCCAAGCGUGGGAAGGAAACGACUACUAGAAUGGGUGACAUAUUGAAGCUGCUGGCUUAAUUGGGCAUAUAGCUGUAUUGUAUAGAGAGAGGGUUGGACCCAGCUUAUGUUGAUUGUAAUGUAUGGAGGCUUUCUGGAUGGGACUACAAAAGGUAUGGUUGAUGGAUGGACGCUGUCUUGAUUUUCUGACGUCAAAAGAGUUGUAUAAAUAGUUUCUAGAAGAAGAGCAUGAGCUCAAAGACUUCAAGAUCUUGGGGUAGAAUUAUCCACCAAAGGACCUGAAUUCCAGCUUGAGUC